ACCGGCUCCGUGCCGCUAUCCCCGCGUCUCCACCCGGCUCGAGCUCAGCGCAGCCGAGGCAGUCCCCGUCCUGCGUGGGGCGCCCGGGGCCCCGCGGCGCACCAUGGGCGCUGCCCACUCGGCGUCCGAGGAGGUGCGGGAGCUCGAGGGCAAGACCGGUUUCUCCUCGGACCAGAUAGAGCAACUGCAUCGGAGGUUCAAGCAGCUAAGCGGAGACCAGCCCACCAUUCGCAAGGAGAACUUUAACAAUGUACCUGACCUGGAGCUCAACCCGAUCCGAUCCAAAAUCGUCCGUGCCUUCUUCGACAACAGGAACCUGCGUAAGGGGUCCAGCGGCCUGGCCGAUGAGAUCAACUUCGAGGACUUCCUGACUAUCAUGUCCUACUUCCGGCCCAUUGACACUACCCUGGGCGAGGAACAAGUGGAGCUGUCUCGGAAGGAGAAGCUGAAAUUUCUGUUCCAUAUGUAUGACUCGGACAGUGACGGCCGCAUCACCCUGGAAGAGUAUCGAAAUGUGGUGGAGGAACUGCUCUCUGGAAAUCCUCACAUCGAGAAGGAGUCAGCUCGGUCCAUCGCCGACGGAGCCAUGAUGGAGGCUGCCAGCGUGUGCGUGGGACAGAUGGAACCGGACCAGGUGUAUGAGGGGAUCACCUUUGAGGACUUCCUGAAGAUCUGGCAGGGCAUCGACAUCGAGACCAAGAUGCACAUCCGCUUCCUCAACAUGGAGACCAUUGCCCUCUGCCACUGAUCGUGCAGGGAAGGGGUGGCUAAGGACCAAGGUUCAGCCCUUUGUCUGGGCUGCUGUGACAAUCAGUAACCCUUCAGUUAGCCUCCCUGUGUGGUGUGGCGUGUGGAACUCCGAUGUUUUUAUCUCUAAUGGUGACAAUAAAGGUUUCCUAAUGA